UGAAUCAAAAGACCACUUCAACGCAAUUUAAUCUGGUUUUAUGUUCGAUUCUUCAAGGAAGUUAUCGACACCGUUUGGUGGCUGAGGCAUGGCAGUCAGGUGUCAUCUUAUACUCAUUGAGCGGCCCUGUUAGGAAAAUUUCGCGGUCGCAGCCCGAAUCGCACUCAACCUCCGCCACACAACAACAGAACCCCGUCAGUCACCCCCAGCCAUCAAAAUGGCCACGCAGACGUUCGAGACCAACGGUGUCCGAAUUGCCGUCGAGGGCUGCGGCCACGGUACACUCAAUGCAAUCUACGCCGCCGUCGCGGCCUCUUGCGAGGCCCGCGGCUGGGACGGCGUCGAUCUCCUCAUCAUCGGCGGCGACUUCCAGGCCGCCCGCAACGCCGCCGACCUCACCGUCAUGUCCGUCCCCGCAAAGUAUCGCGAGCUGGGCGACUUCUGGGAGUACUAUGCCGGACGCCGCACGGCGCCCUACCUGACCGUCUUCGCGGGCGGGAACCACGAGGCGGCGAGCCACAUGUGGGAGCUCUUUUACGGCGGCUGGGCCGCGCCCAACAUCUACUACCUGGGCGCCGCCAACGUGCUGCGCCUGGGCCCGCUGCGGAUCGCCGCCAUGAGCGGCAUCUGGAAGGGCUUCGACUACCGCAAGGCGCACCACGAGCGGCUGCCGAUGGGGCCGGACGAGAUCAAGAGCUUCUACCACGUCAGAGAGGUGGACGUGAGGAAGCUGCUCUUGGUGAGGGAGCAGGUCGACGUGGGAAUCAGCCACGACUGGCCCAGGGCGAUUGAGAGGUGGGGCGACGAGAAGGCGCUGUGGAGGAUGAAGCCCGACUUCGAGAGGGAGUCAAAGGACGGCACGCUGGGCAACGUCGCGGCGGAAUAUGUGUGCGACCGUCUGAGGCCACCCUACUGGUUUUCCGCACAUCUGCACUGCAAGUUUGCCGCGUUAAAAAUUUACAAGGACAAGGAACCGAAUGAGACCGAGACCGCUCCGGCUGCAGCCGAGGAGGCGACACCCGCCCCGGCACACGGGUCGGUGGUAGCGCCCGAUAACCCGGACGAAAUCGAUCUCGACGGUGAUGAGGAGAUCACAGAUGCUUCCGCUCCGGCACAGGCAAACCCGAACGAGAUCAGCCUCGACGGUGACGACGACGAGCAGCCCGGCAGCACCCCUAAGGAGACGACGAGCAAGGAAAAGUCUACGGCCAAAACCUCUGUCCCCGACGAGCUCCGAGCCCAACUUCCCGCCUCUUUUAUGCGUCCCCCGCCGCAGCCCAAGAGAACACCGGGCCAGCCUGUUCCUCCGACAAUCACGAACAAACAGGUCAACUUCCUCGCCCUCGACAAGUGCCUGCCCAGACGCCACUUCCUCCAGCUCCUCGAGGCGCGACCGCACAACGUGCCGCCCGCGGACCGGCCCCCGCCGACGCGCCCGUUCCGCCUGCAGUACGACCCGGAGUGGCUCGCCAUCACGCGCGUCUUCCACGCGUCGCUCUCGAUCGGCGACCCGUCAGCGCAGCCGAGCCCGGACCUGGGCGAGGAGCACUACGCGCCGCUCAUCGACGCGGAGCGCCGGUGGGUCGAGGAGAACGUCGUCGCCAAGGACGGCGGGCUGGACGUGCCGCUCAACUUUGCCGUGACGGCGCCGCCGCACGCCGAGGGCGAGCCCGAGUCGGUGGCGCACCAGCCGUUCGAGUACACGAACCCGCAGACGUCGGCGUUCUGCGAGCUGCUGGGGCUGAGGAACCUGUGGGACGCCAGCGACGAGGAGAGGAUGGAGAGGAGGGCGAGGGGGCCGCCUGCCGGCGAGUUCAGGGGACACCGCGGCGGCGGCGGUAGGGGGUUCCAUCGGGGGGAGGACGAGGUGGUCGGGGACGGGGCAGAGGAGGGGGCAGAGGCCGGGGCAGAGGCUGGCACUGAUUGCAUUACGACCAUGUGAGUUGCGGCUGAUGGACUAUGGGGCACAAUUAGAGAUUACUACUGAGCCCGUGUCCAAAUCGGUAUCAGGUAUUGAGCACAGGUACUAGAUUAUGGGUGUCCGGGGUCAUCGUUCACGUUCAGGGCUGGAGCGUUAAGAGACGGCGGAAAAGAGGUUUGUAUUAAUACCCAGCUAUACUAACUAGCGUGCAAGCAUGUAUCCCAACAGAAAAAGCGUAGAUCUCAAUGGUAGAAAGUUGAGUCAAGCAGAGUGAGUGGAAUAGAGU